AGUUAGGGCGGGGCGACUUCCGCUUUCGAGUCUGAAGGCGGCUUGGCCCGCUGCGGCCACCGUUAGCGGGGGGUUGGGCUCGCCUUUCCCCCGCCAAUUUAAACGUGGGAUGGAAGUUGAAGAGUUUAGGGGCGGUUGUGUUCAGUGAGGAGCCAGGUUGGAUUAGUUGCGUGUUCCUGUUCAGGGCCUUCCGUCGCAGGGGAGGCUGCGCUCGCUGGCCUGGGGCGACAGUCUUGGACAUGUGGAAGGACGUGGAGCUCCUGAGCAGUGACGACACAGGAAACGGCUGCCUGACGGCGGGGUUCCGGAAGGAGCACGGGACUGCUUUGUAUCAAGUAGAUUUGCUGGUCAAGAUCUCCUCUGAAAAGCCUUCACUGAAUCCAAAGAUACAGGCUUGCAGCUUAAAUGAUGGGUUUGUUAUUGUGGCUGACCGGUCGGUGGUACUGCUCGACAGUGUCUGUAGAUCCCUUCAGCUGCAGCUCAUAUUCGAAACGGAAGUGGAUGUAGUUGGCCUGUGUCAAGAAGGAAAAUUUCUCUUGGUUGGGGAAAGAAGUGGCAACUUGCAUCUUAUUCAUGUGACAUCAAAGCAGACGCUACUCACCAAUGCUUUUGUUCAGCAAUCUGAUGAUAAAAACCAACGGACUUAUCAGAACCUCAUUAUUGCCAAAGACGGUUCAGAUGAAGGUUCCUAUUAUAUGUUGCUUCUUACAAACAAUGGAUUUUUUUAUGUUACAAACCUCCAGCUCAUAAAAAUUCAGCAAGCAAUAGAGAAUGUAGACUUUGGUACAGCAAAAAAGUUACAAGAACAAAUCAAAUCCAGUUUCAUUUCCACUGAAAACUAUCAUACUCUUGGCUGUCUCAAUCUUGUGGCUGGUGAUAUAACAAGUGAAGUUCCUGUGAUAAUUGGGGGCAGUGGUCACUGUGCUUUCUCCAAGUGGGAACUGGAUGCUUCCAAGGCGGGAAUGACAGUUAAGAACCUUACAGAUGCAGAGAUUAUUAAAGGUGCCAAGAAGUUCCAGCUGAUAGACAAUCUGCUCUUUGUCCUUGACACUGAUUCGCUGCUGAGCAUAUGGGACAGUUUCUCCCUGACUCCUGUGUGGAAUUGGCCCUCUCUUCUCAUAGAGGACUUUGUCCUCACCACCGAGGCGGACGCUGCUUGCUCAGUGACACGGCAAGGCCUCACAAAUCUCAAGUUGGUGGCUCUGACAGCCACGGCUGAUCAGGAGAUGAAAAGUCUGGGGGUUUAUUCAUUACCCACAAUGGAAAUUCUAUAUUCUUUGGAAGUAUCCAGUGUUUCUUCUUUGGUUCAAACAGGAAUUAGCACAGAUACCAUAUACCUGCUAGAAGGAAUUUGCAAAAAUGAUCCAGAGCUGCCUGAAGGCUCCAUCUCUGUUUUAGUACUCAGAUAUCUCACAGAAGCUUUACCAGAGAACAGAUUGAGCCGGUUACUUCACAAGCACAGGUUUUCCGAAGCUGAGAGCUUCGCCCUUCAGUUUGGUCUGGACGUGGAGCUUGUUUAUAAGGUGAAAUCUAACGAUAUGUUGGAAAAACUGGCUCUGAGCUCUGUGGAUGCCCAGCAGGACGGAUGGCAGCAGCUGGUCCGGGAAGCGAAGGAGAACCUCCAUAAAAUUCAGGACAAUGAAUUUGUGGUUAAUUACUGCUUGAAGGCUCAGUGGAUUACAUACGAAACAACCCAGGAAAUGCUCAAUUAUGCCAAAACCAGGCUUCUGAAGAAGGAGGAUAGAGCCAUCCCUGUGGACUCUGACGGCUUGAUGGAGGUACUCAGGGCUCAUGCAAAGCUGACAACAUUUUAUGGAGCAUUUGGACCAGAAAAAUUCAGUGGUAAUUCUUGGAUUGAGUUUCUGAAUAACGAAGACGAGCUUAAAGAUAUCUUCAUACAGCUAAGAGAAGGAAACCUCGCCUGUGCCCAGUACCUCUGGCUCAGACACCGGGCCAACUUUGCAAGCAGGUUUGAUAUGAAAAUGCUGGAGAACUUGCUCAGCUCUAUUCCUACGCCAGUCUGCCUGCAGAAGCUCUGUCCCUGGCUUCGAAAUGACGUGGUCCCGUUUGUGAGAAGGGUCAUCCCCGCAGGACAGAAAAUUCUUGCAAAAUGGUUGGAGCAAGCAGCCAGGAACCUUGAGCUGACUGAUAAGGCAAACUGGCCAGAAAACGGGCUUCAGUUGGCAGAGGUGUUCUUUGCAGCGGAGUCGGGAUUAGCACCAUCCUGGUACUGGAUUUCUUUGAAGGAUUAUCAGGACACUGAGGAAGUGUGUCAGUUACACACUUUAGUGAAUAACUUGCGGGAAUUGAUCACCUUACAUAGGAAAUACAACUGCAAAUUGUCUCUCUCUGAUUUUGAGAAGGAAAAUACAACCACCAUCGUGUUCCGGAUGUUUGAUAAAGUUCUGGCCCCAGAACUUAUCCCGUCCGUCUUAGACAAGUUCAUACGAGUCUACAUGCGGGAGCAUGACCUGCAAGAGGAGGAACUGCUCCUGCUAUACAUAGAGGACUUACUGAAGAGGUGCAGCUCCAAGUCCACGUCGCUCUUUGAAACAGCGUGGGAAGCAAAAGCCAUGGCCGUGAUCGGGUGCUUAUCUGACACAGAUCUGAUAUUUGACGCUGUGCUCAAGAUAAUGUAUGCAGCCGUGGUUCCCUGGAGCGCAGCUGUGGAACAGCUGGUGAGGCAGCACCUGGAAAUGGCCCAUCCCAAAGUCAAGUUACUGCAGGAAAGUUACAAACUAAUGGAGAUGAAAAACCUUCUACGAGGCUAUGGCAUAAGAGAGGUGAACCUCCUAAACAGCGAAGUAAUGAGGGUGGUCAGAUACAUUCUCAAACAGGAUGUUCCAUCCUCACUGGAAGAUGCAUUAAAGGUGGCCCAAGGAUACAGGUUGUCUGAUGAUGAAAUCUACAGUCUAAGAAUUAUUGACCUGAUUGAUAGAGAACAGGGUGAAGACUGUCUGCCUCUGUUGAGGUCCUUACCGCCUGCUGAAGCAGAGAGAACUGCUGAAAGAGUGAUUAUAUGGGCACGGCUGGCACUGCAGGAAGACCCGGAGCAUUCCAAAGAGGAUAAGGCCUGGAGAACGUCUGUUGCCAGGACAGCAGUGAACAUUCUGAAGAUGCUGUGUGACCUCCAGAGAGACAAUCGACAGAAGAAGGAUGAACUGGAAGAAACCCUGAAGCUAUUUAAAGUCGCUGCUAGCUUACAGGAGAACUUUGAGGUCUUCCUUCCAUUUGAAGAUUACAGCAGCGGCUCCCUGGUCGCGGAUCUCCGUGAGCAGCACAUCAGAACCCAUGAAGUUGCCAUGGCCAAACACAAGGGCACCGCUGCUGAGGUGCAGGGCCCAAGCACCAGGUCGAAGCUGCACCGGCAGGCGCUGGCCCUGCAGGUGUCUGAGCAAGAGCUGGAGGCUGAGCUGACCAUGAGAGCCUUACGGGAUGGGAACGUCAGAAUAGCUCUGAACAAGUGCAGAGAUUUAUUCAGGUUCCACUGCAACCCCCGCACGGGGGAGGUGCUGUUCCUCGCCUGUCAGAAGCUGUGUCAGAUGUUGGCCGAUGAUGUCCCAAUGACAGUACCCGUGGGACUCAGUCUUCCUUCCGAGAUACACGAGCUGGCGUGCCAGGCUGCCACCCUCUGCAGUCCAGAUCUUGUCCUGGACGCUUUGGAACUUUGUAAAUACACCUUAAUGGCAGUAGAGCUGUCCCGGCAGUGCCAGAUGGAUGACUGUGGAGUUCUCAUGAAAACUUCCUUUGGAACUCACAAAGAUCCGUAUGAAGAGUGGUCCUACAGUGACUUCUUCAGUGAGGAUGGAAUUGUUCUUGAAUCGCAGACGGUGCUGCCUGUGGUCUAUGAGCUAAUCUCGUCACUUGUGCCGCUCACUGAAAGAAAGAGGCAUCCUUUGGAUUCCUUAAGUUUACCAUACUGCUCCAUUACAGAAGGAGGCAGCUGUAUGUCACCUGUGGUCAACUCCAUCUCUGCUCUGCUUCAGAACCUGCGGGAGUCCAGCCAGUGGGAGCUCGCCUUGAGAUUUGUGGUCGUUUCCUUUGGCACCUGUCUUCAGCACUCGGUGUCAAACUUCAUGGAUGUCGGUCUGAGUGAAAAGCUGUUUGGAGAGACCGCAUUAGUUCAAUCAAAGCAUACUGUUAAAGAAUUAAAAGAAAAAUCCGUGAUGUUCAUCAGAGGAAAUGCUGCGACACUUUUGCACAAAGUAUUUAACUGUCGUGUUGUCGACCUUGGCCUGGCCCUGGGUUACUGCACUCUCCUACCCCAAAAAGAUGUGUUUGGAAGUCUCUGGAAGCUCAUAGAUAAAGCGUGGCAGAAUUAUGAUAAAAUUUUGGCAAUCUCUCUGGUGGGCUCUCAGCUAGCCAGUCUCUAUCGCGAGGCUGAAAUGGAGCUGAAGUUCCAUGAGCUCUGCACCGACGCCCAGUGGGGCAUCCGCCUUGGGAGACUUGGUAUUUCUUUUCAACCAGUUUUCAGGCAACAUUUCCUCACUAAGAAAGACCUCAUUAAAGCGCUUGUGAAGAGCGUGGAUGUGGACACAAGCCUCAUUCUGGAAUAUUGCAGCACAUUCCAACUGGACUGUGACGCAGCUCUCCAGCUCUUCAUUGAAACUCUCCUCCACAACACGAGCAUCAGCCAAGGCCAGGGGGGUGAGAGCAUGAAGCUCCCGCGGCACCAGCACUCCAGGCUCCUGGCCAAAGCCACCGAGAUGGUUCCUUUGCUGACAAGCACGAAAGACCUGGUCAUCAGUCUUAGCAGCAUCCUACACAAGUUGGAUCCCUAUGAUUAUGAAAUGAUUGAAGUUGUCCUGAAAGUUAUAGAAAGAGCUGAUGAAAAGAUAACCAAUAUUAAUAUUAAUCAGGCAUUGAGUCUUCUGAAACAUUUGGAGUCAUACAAAAGAAUUUCUCCUCCUGUGGACUUGGAAUAUCAGUACAUGUUGGAUCAUGUCAUAACUUUGCCACCAGCUGCCCACAUAAGACUGCCUUUUCACCUAAUAUUAUUUGGCACAGCCCAGAACUUCUGGAAGAUUCUCUCCACAGAGCUCAGCGAGGAGUCCUUCCCUACACUGCUGCUCAUCUGUAAAUUAAUGAAGUUCUCUCUGGACACUCUGUACGUGUCUACGGCCAAACACGUGUUUGAGAAAAACCUGAAGCCAAAGCUGCUCAAGUUCACACAAGCUAAGCCGUCCACGCUGAUCAGCAAAGAGGUAGCCCGGAUCACACAGACCAUCGAGUCCUACCUUCUGUCUAUAGUCAACCCGGAGUGGGCCGUCGCCAUUGCCUUCACUCUCACCCAGGAAAUCCCAGAAGGUUCCUUAAAGAUGUCCAGUCUGAAGUUCUGCCUGUAUCUCGCUGAGCGAUGGUUAGAGAACAUCCCUCCUCAGGAUGAAACACGUGAAAAUGCCCAGGCUUUGUUGAAGAAGCUUAACGUCCAGUUCCGGCGGUCGGGCACAGAAGCCGUGCUCAUAGCCCACAGGUUGAACACUGCAGAAUACUUACGAGGCAUUGGGAAACCAGCAUCCCUCAUCAUCAGUCUCUACGAACAUCCCAGCAUAAACCAGCGAAUUCAGAAUUCGGCUGGCAACAGUUACCCUGAUAUUCACGCAGCAGCUAAGGAAAUUGCUGAAGUCAAUGAAAUUAAUUUGGAGAAAAUCUGGGGCAUGUUGUUGGAGAAAUGGCUGUGCCCUUCGGCUGCGCCUGGGGAGACGCCGUUGGAAUUAUUUGAACUUGAGGAAGACGAAGCGCUGCGAAGAGUUGUGUAUCUCCUCCAGUCCCGUCCGUUAGAUUAUAGUUCAAGAAUGCUGUUUGUGCUUGCUACAUCAGCUACAACGACAUUGGCGGCACGCCAGUUAACCUUCGCCCACCGAACCCGAGCUCUUCAAUGUCUCCUGCAUCUGGCUGACAAAGAAACUGUAGAAUCUCUCUUCAAAAAACCCAUUGAAGAAGUGAAAUCGUAUUUGAAAUGUAUAACCUUCCUGGCAUCCUUUGAGAUGUUGAACAUCCCCAUCACAUAUGAGUUAUUCUGCAACAGUCCCAAGGAAGGAAUGAUCAAGGGCCUGUGGAAAAACCACAGCCACGAGGCCAUGGCGGUGAGGCUGGUGGCUGAGCUGUGUUUAGAAUACAAAGUCUACGACCUACAACUUUGGAAUGGACUCUUGCAGAAGCUGCUGGGUUUCAGCAUGAUUCCCUACCUAAGGAAAGUUUUAACGGCCAUUUGUAGUGUUCAUUCUCUAUGGCAGGUUCCCUACUUCAGCAAGGCCUGGCAGCACGUGAUACAGCUUCCACUACUUUCAGCCUCUUGCCCGCUGAGACCCAGUCAGCUGUCCGAUUGCUGCAACAGUCUCGCUGCUGUCCUGGAAUGUCCAGUUUCAGAUGAUCUCGACAUGAUGGGCGUCGCCAGGCAGUAUGUCCAGCUAGAGCUUCCGGCUUUUGCGUUAGCUUGCCUCAUGCUCAUGCCUCACUCAGAAAAAAGAAACCAGCAAAUCAAGAACUUUCUGGGCUCCUGCGAUCCUCUGGUCAUUUUACAGCAGUUAGAAGAGCAUAUGAGCACUGGCCAAUUAGUUGGAUUUUCACAGCAGGUUAGAAGUCUGAUCCUGAAUAACAUCAUAAAUAAGAAGGAGUUUGGGCUUUUGGCAAAAACAAAAUACUUCCAAGUGUUGAAAGGACAUAUGAUGAAUGCUGGCAACAUCACAGAGCUGGUGGACUACUUGGCACAGGAAGCCAGUCUGGAUGAAGCAGCAGCCGUGAUCACUGAAUACUCAAAGCAUUGUGGGAAGCCUGUUCCGGCAGCCGCGGCUCCUUGCGAGGUGGUGAAGGUGUUUCUUGGUGGAUUGUAGUGAUUCAAGGAGGACCAGAAGUUUGGAGUUGGCUAUCAACCAACUGCUUAGAAGCAUUUUCAUGUUGUGCAAUCUGUGUGUUAACACCCCAUGUCACCGCGGACACUCGUGGCAUGAGCAGAGUCCUGUCUGGGUUAGCAUUCUGGCUGUCCGUGACGUCAUCUGUGGACUGUUUUUCCUGGAAACAAACCCAGGGCACAGUUCACUCCCUGCCUGCCCUCCAGAAAAGCCAACUGCCUAAGUCCUGUUUAUUCUGUAUGUAAAGAUAAGAAAGUUCACUUUUUAAUGAGAUUGUAAAUAGUUACGUGGUCUGAGUACAGAGUUUAUCAAAUGGAAACAUAGAGACGACCCCGGACAGCUGAGCUGGGAAGGA